UGACCUGUAGCUACAACACAAACAGCUCAACGCGUUUCUGGAGGAGGAAACACGAUGCGUAAUUACGCACAGGACUAAAGGAAUUUGACUCCCAGCCUGUCUCAUUUGUUCUCGUCGCGGGGACUCGCUGUCCACAGCUUUGAAUUCUCGCCAUUUAAAGAGCCGAUAUCUAGCCUAUGCACCACGUCAUCAGCGCCUCUCCUCAUCCCACAACUCUGAAGUUUACCAUCCAGUCCUCUAUGAGCACAGGGCAGGAUGGGAUGCUCCACCAGUUCCCAAACUUCAGCGAUAGAUCCGACUCGACCUAGUCCUAAACCCGAGGAGAGCAACGGAACCAGCACAACAGGAACGGGCAAUGAGAAUGGUAAAGUAGCUGAGGACAGCGAAACUAUUCCCGACCAGACACCUGCUGGCGGAGGCGAUGCUACACCUGCAGACAAUCCUGCUGCAGCUGCAACAUCUGCAGACACUCAGGACUCGGAGCUUCAGCCUGCUGCAGCCCCCCCGCCCGCAGAAGCAGCAGCACCUGCAGGAGAACCAGCAGCAGCUCCAGCAGAAGAGUCGUCAGCAGCUCCAGCAGAAGAACCGGCAGCAGCUCCAGCAGGAGAACCAGCAGCAGCUCCAGCAGAAGAACCGGCAGCAGCUCCAGCAGAAGAACCAGCAGCAGCUCCAGCAGAAGAACCAGCAGCAGCUCCAGCAGAAGAACCGGCAGCAGCUCCAGCAGAAGCUCCAGAUGCAACACCUGCAGAAGAACCAGCAGCAGCUCCUGAAGCACCUGCAGAGCAAGCUCCCAGUGAGUGAGGUGCAACAUGAACAACUGCACUGAAGAGUUUGUUGGAAGUUUCCAUCUUUGUUUGUAUGCACGAGUAAAAGUAUGAGUAAGAUGUCGCCUUGUUGCCAAGAUGCAGACCCUUUGAUGAAAAACGACUUUCCGUCAGGGUUCCUCAGUCAUCACUGUGCCUUGUUCCCUUCAUAAUAGCUCUGUGGCACUUAAUGUUUGUUUUCAUCAUUUCAGGGUAAUUUAAAUGAUAAAUUGUCAUAGAAAUGUCUAUUUAUUAUCUGUAUAGAAUAAUAGAUUAUCUUUGAUUUAACUUGAAAAAAAACAUCCUAUACUUUUCUACAAAAUUAUAACUCUAAGGAAACCAAAGCCAAAAUAUAUUUGAUUUAUGAAAUAUUAUUCUACUUGCGAUGCUGGCUUUGAUUUUUACAAACGUGUUUGUAAUGAGUAUGAAGAGCUGUUACUAUGAAGUUAAACUUAUGACAGUUAACAUUUAUAUAAAAGCAUGAAUGAGAAAAGCGUAAAUGCUUUUUUUGUUUCGGUCAUGAUUUCUCUCUGGGAAAAACUUCCAAAAUCUGUUAUAAGCUAUAUCAAAAAAUAAAAGC